AUGGAUUUAAACGAUAACAUAUACACGGACUUACCAGAUGAUUCUAAAGAUGAAAGACAGAAUAAUGAAAUAGGAGAAAACGAAACACUUAAUGGAAACCCUAAAAAGGAAGAUGAAAAAGAUAAAAAUGUAAAUGCAGAAAUAAGUAGAGAUACUUUAAACGGUGUUAACAAUGUUGCAAACAACACCACCAGUAUCCAAGCAGAUUUAGACUCUUCGAAUACGAUAAAUGGCAGUAAUAAUGGUGCUAAUUCAAAUGAGUUAAAAAACAACUCAAAUUUUCCAAAGUCAAACUCUGUCGAAAAAUCAUUAGAAUACUUGGAGAUUCAUGAAAAGGAGAAUAAAUUAGAUAAAGAAAAUGAAUCUAAGUUAAUGAAAACGGAAGAAGAAAAAAAAAAUGAGAAUUUACCAAAUGAUAAAAACAGAAAUUUUGAAAAUGUCUCUAUAAACAUAAGCUCCAAAGUUCCUCUGUCUGAAAAAAAAAGUAGUUCAUUUAUUAAUAACGGGCCCUUUUAUAUUGAAGUCAAAGGGCUUUUAGAAGUUCUUAAUGCUCAAGAUUUUGCAAAAAAUGUGAAUAUGAAAAAUUCAGAUUUUAGAGCAAAAGAUAGAAAUGCACUGAUUAACAAACGUUCGUAUAGUGUUCCAAGUAAAGUAGCUUCAAAAAAUAUACCUAAAGAUACUAUUAAUAGACAAAAUAGUAAAACUGGGGUUCAUCUUCAAAAAAAUGCAUUAUUAUCUAAGUCAACAAAUAUACAAAAAAAGCCUCCUUUAUUAAUGAAGUCUCUCGUAACACCACCAAAAGCUUUGAUCCAAAAUAAUCUUGAAACAAAUGAAAAUAUCAGAAAAUCAGUUGAUAUUAGUAAAGGAAAAGCCGUUUUCAGAAAUUUAUUAAAAAAAACUCUAGAACAAGAAGAAUUAAAAAUAAAAUCUAAACCGUUGAUUAAAAUAAAUUUUGCACCUUCAAAGGGGAGUACUACCACCACUACUACGACUAAUAAUGAUAAUAACAAUAAUAAUAACAAUAAUGAAGAAGAGAGGGAGAAGCAUAAAGCAAAAAUGAUAAAUAUAAAAGCAGAAAAAGAACCUUUCAAAUUUAUUCCUAAAAAAAUUCCAUUCUUAAUUAAAGAGAAAAAUAUUAAGCACAAAGCACCUCCCAAAGGUAAUAUAAAACAUACAUUACACUAUUUAAAAAAAGCUGCAGAAAUAAAAAAUAAAGAAGAAAACGAAUUAUCCAUGCCAAAAAAUGUCAGUAUAAAAGGUAUUAAUGAUGCAGAAAAAAGUGUACUAUUGACAACACGUAAAUUUAUAGAGAAACCAAAAAAUACACAAAAAAUUAGCUCUUUAAAAAUGGUAUCUACUAAAAGGGAAAAAGCAAUUUUAGACAUAAAAAAAUUUUUCAAAAAAAAACCCAUUUCGAAGUUAGUAAACAAUUUAAUACCUAAGGAAAAAGAAAAAAAAAAAAAAAUAAUAUUAUUUAAGAAUGCGAAAGUUAAAAAAGAACAGUUACUCCCUAAAUCAUCGAUUGAAAAUAAAAUAUCCAAAUUAAAUGAUACGACAGAUACUGCUAAGCGAGAAAUAGACGACAAAGAAGAGGUAGAAAAGGAAAACAUAGAAAUUGCUAAAGAAAAGGAUAAAAUAAAAGCAACAGAUGACAAGGAAGAAUUAUAUCAAAUAAAUAAUAAAGAUGGAAUCACCUUAGAUAACAUGAUGAUGGAAUAUGAUACAGAAAGAGAGAAAUCAAUAGAUGAUAAAUAUGAACAAAGGCUAAAUGACUUGACAGAAAAUGAAACUGAAAAGGAAGAUCGAAAAUUGUAUGAAUCAAAGGUAACAGAAGUAGAGACUGUAAAAAAAGUGGACGAUGAUGAAGAUUUCGAAAUAGGAGAGAUAAAAGAAGUCGAAUUGAAAGGAGAAAUGAAAGGACAAAAGGAUGGAGAAAAAGUUAGUGAUAAGGAAAUCCUUGAUAUAGAAAAAAGAGAAGAACUGAUAGAUACUGCAAAAAGUUUGGAACCAGAAAAGGAUACUAAGGAAGAAGAAAAAUUAGAUGAUAAACAAAAUUUGGAAGCAGAAAGAGAAGAAAAAUUGUGGAAUAAUGAGACGAUUUCUGAAGAUGAAAAAAAAGAAGAAAAAAUGGAUCUAAAUGAUAAAGAAAGUGUUGUUAUGGUGAAGGAGGAAAACGUUUUGCAUCGUAAGGAAGACUCUCAGACAGAAAGGGUAGAGGAAGAAGAGAAAGAGAAAGAAAAGCAAGAGGAAAAGGAAGCGAAAGAUGAGAUAGAAGAGAUAAACAAGAUGGGAGAGAAGGAAAAACAAGAAAAAGGUGAAGACAAUAAACAAAAUGGACCUGAAAAUAAAAAAGAGUCAACGGAAAUUUUGAAAGAAAUGAAAAAAACAAAAAAUGAUAUAAAGAAAAGUGCAGACCAGAAAUUAAAUAAAAAGAUACUAAAAAAAGGGGAUAAUGUAUUGUUAAAACACGAACCUAUAAAGUCUAUUCUAAACUCAAAGCAGGACGUAAAAUUGCCAUUGAACCCCAAAAAAAAUACAAAAUCUGUAUUAAACGUAAAGCAAAUAGUAAAACCUGAAUUAACUCUGAAGCAUAAAGCAACAAUAAAGGGUAACGCAGUUUUUCCAAAGUUGAAAAGUGAAGUCAUUGGUAGUGCUAAUGUCAAUGCAAAUGUCAAUAGCACUGGAAAUUUAAAAGAAAAAAGGAACAUAGGAAAAGAAAAAAGUAAUGGUUUAGAAAAAAGUAGCAAUAUUAACAAAAGUGCAUUACAAAGAAAGAGCACAUUAUUCAUGAAAAAGGGCAUAGGGAUAAAGAAGAUUUCCUCCAGUAAAAAUUCAAUAAAAGAUAUAGAUGCAGAAAAAAAAAAAGGUGAAAAAAAGACAAAUGGAUCAAACAAUGAUAAUAAGAAUGUGAAUGUAAAUAUGAAUAUGAAAAUGAAUGUGAAAAUGAAUGUGAAUAUGAAAAAAAACUUACCCGAUGAGUUACAGAAUAGUAGAAGUCCAUCCAAAAAGGUUUCUUCUACAUCUUUUAAGAGUACAAUGACCAUUUUAAAAAAAAAAAAAACAUUGAGUAAAUCUAAGAGUGAUAAUACCAUUAACGAAAAAUUGACAAAUAACAGCAAGAUGAUCGUGUCCUCAAAAUCGGACAACAUUCGUAAUAUGUUGUUAGAACAGGAUAAAAUUAUAAAAAAAAAAAAGAUGGAAACAAAGGAAGUAGAUGGAGCAAAUGGAACAAAUGCUGCUAACGGAACAAACGAAAAGAAGGGAAAUGAUUUGAACAACAAAAAAACGCGAAAUUUUAAAAAACUCAAAUUAAAUAGGAAAUGUAACACCGUUGAUGCAGGUAAAUUCAGUUCGUCUGAUGAGAGUGAUGAUGAAAAUAAAAAGUUACCUUCAGAAGGAAAUGAAAUAUCAUUUUUUAAAGGAAUUUUCGAAAUGGAUAAAAAGACAAAUAAUUCUUUAAAAAAAUCUAAAUCAUUAAAAAAACAAAAAUCUAAAUCAUUAAAAAAACAAAAAUCUAAAGCAGGGGAAAAUAUAAAUAAGGGGAGUGACGAUAUAUCAAAUGAAGAAGACAAGUUAAUAAAGAAAAUUGCAAAGUUAAAUAGUUCAAAAAAAAUAAAAGCUGCUAUAUCAUCACAAAUGAAAAUGGAUAAAGAAAUGAAAAAAUUGAAGUCCGGAAUACUACACAAAGAAACCAGUAAUGCAAAUAAAUUGAAAGGGAAAAAAAAUGCAAAAAAACUUAAGGGAACAAAUGAUAAUAAUGGUAAUGAUAACGUAGUUGUAAAAAGAGAAAGUGCUUUAUCAGAAAUAGAGUUGGGAAAAAGUAAAUCUUCAAAAUACUCAAAAGAUAAAUGGAAUAAUAAUUAUGUAACACCAAGAAUGGGAACAGAUAAGUUUAUUAAUGUAGAUGAUGAAAGCUCGGAAUCAUUUAAUUCGCAUUCUUCUCAUAGAAGUAGCCUACGUUCUGUUGCACUAUCUGUGUCUUCCAAAAAACUAAAAAAAAAGAAAAACAUAAUUAAAAGGAACAUGGAUGAAGGAGAAAAUUAUAACAUAAAGGCAGGUAGCAAUAAAGGUACAAAUGUAGGAGGGAAAGUAAAAAACAUUAAUAGUAAUAGUAAUAGUAUUAGUAACAGUAAUGGUAGCAGUGAUAGUAACAUUAAUAGCAACAGAAAUAGUAACAGCAACAUCAAUAGCAAUAGUAAUAGCAGUGGUCUUAAAAAAAAGGCAAUAAAUAUGAAUAUUAGAAAUAGUAACAAGGUGAAUGGAUGUGUGAAAUCAGGCGGGUUUCAAAAUAUAGGCAGAUCAGAUAUACCAUUGUUUUCACCUAUGCAUUAUAGAGAUCCUAUAAAUGCAGGUGAUGAAGAAAGAAGAAAUAGAAGUAUAGGAAGUACUGGGUUUUUGAACUUAAGAGAAUCAUCUUCAUUUAAGUUUAAUAGAAUUAAAUCAACGAAUGCUUUAAGAAAUUUAUCUCUUCAAGUAAAAUGGGAUCCCACUAAUGAUUUUGCAAGAACAAUGACAACAACAGAUGAACCAAGCUUGCAUGUAAAUAAUUUAUAUACAAAAAAUGUAUUAAGAAGAAGACCAAGUGAAAUAGAAAAACAAUCCAAUUGGAUGUUUGUUAAAUGCUGUUCCAACAAUAAAGACUGCAAUUUCUAUGAAAGAAAAGAACCUGUUGUACAAAACUUUAGCUCUUUAGUAAAUGAAAAUAAUAAAUAUAUAUCUUACAAUCCUAAGUCCUACUUACAACAUUUUUCUAGUAAUACUGUCAAGCUCUCCAACAUGUAUGAGUCAACUAUGUUUACAAAUAAAACGCUGCGUAGGAGCUCACAAGUUAAUGACCAUGUUAUGAAUAGGCAAGUAAAGGGGCAUAAUAAUAAUAAAAGUAACAGUAGUAAUAGGCCUUUAAACAGCAAAAUGAGUUCAGAGACAUACACUAACAAAGCAUUUUUUAAUAGUGGCUCCUUGAAACUAAAAAGGAGGCCCUCCUGCAUUGCAACCACCAAUUAUUGUAGUUGCAUUUAA